AUGCAUAUAAAGUCCAUAACCCUUCAGGGUUUUAAAACAUAUAACGAGGCCACCACCAUCACCUUCUCGGAGGGGUGUACCUGCAUAAUUGGCCACAAUGGCAGCGGCAAGUCAAACAUCCUUCUCGCCUUUUCCUUCGUCUUGGGAGAAAUUGGAAACUCAGCUGCAGAGCGCCGCCUGUUGCUUCAUGAGGGGGUCCACGGCCGGGUGGCGAGCGGCUUUGUGGAGCUCAUCUUAGAUAACGCCAGCAGACGGCUUUGUAUGUAUGACGCGGACUCGGUGGUUAUUCGGCGCUCCUUUUCAGCAGAAGUCGAUGAAAUAACGCUGCAGGGAACAGCCGUCACGUAA